AUGAAUGAAAAAUAUUUUUGCAUAAACAGAGAUCGUAAUGAUAAACCAUUGAUGGGAUCACUUUCUGCGGAACAAAUCAAAGAUUUCAAACAGGGAAUUGCUGAAAUAUUAAUGGAUGAAUCAUUCCUCAAACGUUAUGAUCGUAUUGUUCAACUUCAAAUUUAUGAUGAUAAAAAUGGUGGUGAUAAUUUAGUUAUUGCUACACCAUUGAAAACAGCAAUUUUUCAAGAUUAUAAUACAAUGCGUUUGCAAAAUAGUUGCAUGGAAAUAUGUGAUAGUGAAACAAUCCGGAUCAAUCCACUUACCGGUGAAAAGUUAUCGUAUAUGCAAAGUAAUGUUAACACUACUGUCAGUAAUAAUAAUAAUAAUAACAAUCAAAUUCCGGAACUUUCAAAUCUUUUACAAUCAUACAUAGAAUUAUUAUUACAUGCUUCAUCGUUAUAUACUACAUUUAAUGGUACUUCAAUUGGAAAUUUAACGAGCGAUAAAGAAAGUAAUCGAAAUGUAAUAUCAGGACAGAGAAAAUUGGAAAAUAACAAUACCAAUAAUCUCAUCCAAAAUGCUACUCCUGAUAGAAAAAUACGAAUUGCGCCAUGUUCGCAUACUAAAGCGGAGAUCACGCAAGUGAAACGUGAUCUGAUGAACGUGAAUAUGAUAUCAAAGAGGAUUUAUGAUGAAAAAUGGGAAAAUGGGGAUGAUGAAUUGGAAGCACUUGAUUUAACGGAAAAACGAGUUAAGCUAAAUGAAACUUAA